AUAAAAUGGCAAUGAUACACGUCGGCUCUCCUACCAGCUAGGGUUUCCGAAGGCCGAGCAGCGUCAGUGUUCGCGAUACACCUAACUUCCAUUUGCUCAUCGCAGCCAUGUCAAGAAGGAAAACCAGGGAGCCCAAAGAAGAAAAUGUUACACUAGGACCCGCUACACGUGAAGGAGAGCAGGUUUUUGGUGUGGCCCACAUUUUUGCCUCGUUCAAUGACACAUUCAUUCAUGUGACUGACUUGUCUGGAGGGGAAACACUUGUUCGCAUUACUGGUGGCAUGAAGGUGAAAGCUGAUAGAGAUGAAUCAUCACCAUAUGCAGCUAUGCUUGCAGCACAGGAUGUUUCUCAAAGAUGCAAGGAACUUGGCAUUACUGCUCUACAUAUAAAACUGCGGGCUACUGGAGGGAACAAGACUAAGACUCCUGGUCCAGGUGCCCAGUCAGCACUUAGAGCCCUUGCUCGUUCAGGCAUGAAAAUUGGCCGCAUAGAGGAUGUGACCCCAAUUCCUAGCGACAGUACUCGUAGAAAGGGCGGCAGAAGGGGGAGAAGGUUGUGAUUCUUUCCAUGUCAGAUCAAGCCGAAUCAGCUGCUAUCUUUGCUUGGACUUCUUCAGUCUAGAUGCAACCAUGUUAUCUUCCUUUUGAGAACAAUACUUGUAGUUUUGAAUUUUGUUAGGUUGAGAUCUGAUCAUUUAAUUGAAACAAAAUAUGUUUUUUAUGGGCUACUUUUAAUAUUUCGCUUGUGAUCUUCUGAAGCCAAGUUGGAUAUGGAACUUAAUUUGUGAU